AUGUUUUCUAUCGAAAUUAAUAGUCAUACACUAGUUUAUCUCGUCCUGCUUGUUAUUCAACACAAACUACCAACAGCUUGUUUAAAUGUACCUAUAUUUAACUCGCAAACUUGUGAAAGUACGUUUCGGUCACGUCGAGCCAUGUCAGGACCUUUUUCUUCAAUAGUCAAUUUUACGGUGCAUCAAUUUUUGCAGCGAGUAAAAAAGCUAUCAUUUCUAAAUUCUAUUAAAUGUCAAGCAAGUCAUAACAACGCCAAUGAUUCCAAUAAUAAAUUUUUAUUUCCACGUCAUCACAAACAGUCUAGAACAGUCGAUUCUAAACAAAUAUCAUCUAUAGCAUCGACUUCUAUCGUAGAACUAACAGUUAAAGCACUUGAAAAUACUAUUCUGCAAGCGUAUUCCUAUGCAAGUCGUCUUGUAUGUCACGUAAAUAUGUAUGAGCAGCAUCAAAUCUUAUCGCUAAAACAAUUGUCAAAACUGGCUAGUUUUCAACUUCAAAAAUCACGAAUAGUCGAUUAUUCACAUCUUAACCAACAUGAUCCAGACUUUGACUCAGAUUCAGAUGAUAGUAGUGGUGAAGAAGAUGAAGAUACUACUGGAAAUUGCACAGAUAAUGAAGAUUCAACUGAGGAUGACGACGAUUAUGUGUCUGAUCAUUUUUUCAAAGUUAGUUCGACUACAUUUCAAGGAAUGCGAGUUUUUGAUUCCAUUAAUCCAACCUUGGCCAAGUCGUACUUUAUCGUUAACAUUAAUGGUGCAAAAAAAUAUUUACAUAAACAGACAGCUGCUUGGCUGCUUUCAACUGAUAAGUCUACUUUGUCUUCAGAUCGUUUAAAGCGCGUUAUGAAUAAAUGA